CGCCACGAACCUUAAUCUCUGACCAAGCUAAUGCACCUGUUGCAGAUUCCAGAAGAAGUCUGAAACACAGCUUCGCAACUCUCAAACACAAGCAUGAUUAGAGGGCAAAGAUUUGAACUCGACCUUGAGGAUGAUGCUGCAGAUGCUCAAGUAGAUGUACCCAUUGUUGCACCCUUCGUAGGCGAUGUUCUCGAGCGCCAACCGACAGCGGCGAAGCCGCCGUCUGCUCCAACCCGGAGGAGCGCCACGGGCUUUCCAGGGCAUCAAAAGCGGUCCGUCGACAGCAGGUUCAAGAAGCAUCAUGCUGGCUUACGAAGCAAUCCACAGCCUGCGGCAAUCAAUCCUGGCCUUGCGUCCGUUGACCUGACCACGCCGACGGCGCCUCCACCGGGCAGUGGCGAGGUCUCAAAGCCGCAAUCGUGGGUCGAGGAGGAAAAGCGCCGUAUAGACGACGAAAACCGGCAACAGCUGGCAGCCAUGUCGCCAGAGCAAAUUCGAGAAGAGCGCGAAGAGCUACUUAGCAGUCUCAGCCCUGCCUUCAUCGAACGCUUGCUCAAACGGUCGAAUAUCGACAGUGGCAGUAAUGAGGGCGACGUGACUGCACAGGCUGCUUCGACUUCGUCACAAAGCAAAGUGCCCGACAACGUUGCAAAAAAGUCGGUGAGAUUCUCCGAACCGUCAGAGGACCUUGCCAAUGUGAUUGCGGACGAAAAUGAAGUCGAGGCGCCAACAGCGGAGCCACUCAAUACUGACAGCAUACACUUCCCUCGACCGCCGCAACCGCCAGAACUGGAUCCGUCUUCGGUGUCAUUCCUAGAUGACCUACACCAGAAAUACUUUCCAUCGCUACCAGCAGACCCAGACAAGUUGGACUGGAUGCGCCCCGUUGAAGGUAUAAGCAGCAGCUACAACCCACUAGCUGCAGCACUCAAUGCGAAGGACCUCCGCUUCUCUUUCACUGGCGAGCUACUUGCACCGAAGACUGCAUCUAUCGUUCCAGUAACGGCUGGACUGCAUCAUCACGGUGAUGCGCCGGAUGCGGCGGGUUACACUAUCGCCGAGCUGGCUCAUCUGUCGCGGUCGAGCUAUGCAGCGCAGAGGUGCAUCGCUUUUCAGACGCUAGGACGUUUACUGUACCGUCUUGGAAAAGGCGAGUUCGGUAAUGCUGGCGAGCCUGGUGUCGAUACUGCAGGGGCCGGAGACGGCAUGGGCGAGCUGGCUCGGGGCUUGUGGCGGGAGGUAGAGAAGGAAAAGGUCAUCGAGACUCUGAUACUUGAGGCUGACGGUCGUGGCGUGGAUGGCGGCCGGCAUUUGAGCGCGAAGACUUACGCAAUCGAAGCGGUGCACCUGUGGCGGAAGAGUGGAGGUCGAAGAUGGAGGGCUACCUAGCCGCAUUGCGUUUAACCCUUUCAGCCUUAUAUCACGAAGCCAUGACCAACACCUGCCGAGAAGUGCCACAGGUCAUCAAGUCAUAAUGCACCGACUGCUUCUUUGCCUAGCGCGUUGGAAGGUGCCACAAGCUUCUCGUGCAGCCCGUGACGUGGAGGGAGCUUCACUGGCUACCUGCAUCUACCACACGGUAUCGUUAGCGUUGCCACUCACUGCAUUCGCUUUGCGUCAGACAUACCGUAACUGCCACAUACUGCUGAGCAGACGAUGUCAUUGCGCGCUUUGCAGAGCUUACGGGUUC